UAUUCGGUCCGCGUCUGUUAACCGUGUCGCUCGCCGUUCACUAGCGUUUCGUCGUCUCGGAGAUUUUUGGCCGUCCGUCGCCUCAUUAGUAAUAAUAUUAUUAUAAUAUAUUCGAUCGUAUUGCGCAUCGACCGAUUGUACAUCAUAAAAUCCUAUACACGAAUACGUCUUGUGAAACGCGCGAAACAUUCAAACGGACGCCUUCUCGGUUUCGGCGGUCGGUCGGUCGGUCGUAAUACGCGUCGAACGCGUUCCUACGUUCAGACCGGACGGUGUUCGGCAUCGGCGGUAGCAGCAGCAGCAGCUGCAGCUGCUGGCCCUGGUCGUCGGGCGGCGGUGAUAACGCGGCGGCGGCGGCGGCGCGCGGCGGCUACGACGGCGAUCACAACAAUACGACAUGAAUCAGUUGUUGUGCAUUGGUGACCCGAGUCAGAACGUCAUGGCCGAGAGCAAGGGAUCCCUUAUCGCCAAAUCCGUGUCCAAACACGCUGGAAGGGCCAAAGAAAAGUUUCUUCAAAAUUUGGGGAAAGUCGAUCGGACUGAAGAUGAAAUUUUUAAUGAACACUUACAAAAUUUUUCAAAACAGCAAAAUUCGGCAAAUAAAUUACAAAAAGAAUUCAACAACUAUAUUCGAUGUGUCAGAGCUGUGCAAGUGGCGAGUAAAAGUCUGAUGGAUACGUUGAAUGAGAUGUAUGAAAGCCAAUGGGUUGGACACGAUCACAUGUGUACCGAUUCUAACAAUUUGGACAUGCUGUGGAGCGAUUAUACUCAUAAGUUGGCCGAUCAAGUGCUCAUACCUUUGAACACAUACCAAGCCCAGUUCGCCGAAACACGGAAAAAAAUUGACAAACGAAACAGGAAAUUGGUCGACUAUGACAGCCAAAGGCAUAGUAACCAAUUGGCUACUAAUAACGGUGUUGGGGGAGCUGGUAAGAAAAAAGACGAAGCGAAAAUGAUGAAAGCUAAAGAACAGUUCGAUGAAGUCAAGCGAAAGUUUGACCUUAUCAACACGGAGCUGCAUGACGAAUUGCCCGCUUUGUACAAUUCUAGGGUGCUAUUUUUGAUCACAAAUCUGCAACCAUACUUCGCUGCCGAACAAUUAUUUCACAGCGAAUCAUCUAAGGUGUUUUCUGAAAUGGAAUCAAUCGUCGAUAAAUUGGCUACGGAUUAUCAACACCAGUCGAAGAUGCUGAACUAUUUCUUAGGAAACAAAAAGCCCUCAAACAACAUCGCCAACAACAUUCAAUCUGCAUCACAGUCGCCCGUGUCUCCGAUAUCCAUGAAUGAAGAAGACGUUGCGAAAUCCCCGCCCUCAUCACCCGCGUCCCCUCAAAACACGGCAUUCGUAAGUAGUAGUAAAUCACCGUCAUCGCAGCCUGACAGUAACGAAGUGUCAUUGGUGUCAUCGAAAACUCUGGCAGAAGACGAUUCGGCGCCUUCGUCACCACCGCUGCAGCAACAACCUUUGGUUAACGGCAAGAGCAGCUCAUCGCCGGUAAACGGCGUUGCGCCGGUCAGGCACGAGAACGGCACUAACAAAAACAUCGAAAUCGACAUACCGCCAGGAGCUACUACGGAUAACUUGCCACCCGGAGUGUUAUACAGAGUGGUCGCAACUUAUAAGUACGAUGCUGAAGACACGGACGAACUAUCGUUCGAGAAGGGCGAGAUCAUCAGCGUAGUACCUUAUGACGAUCCAGAAACUCAGGAAGAAGGCUGGUUAAUUGGUAUCAAAGAAAACACAGGAGAGAAGAAAAUGUUCCCUGCCAAUUUCACCAGACCUUUGUGAGUGCCGCACCGUCGUAAGCGCAAGGAGAUCACGAAAAGACCUAAAAUCUUGAAGUACAGUUUCUGGAUGUUUGUGAUUCUAUUUUACGUUUUUAUGUCUUUGUUAAUCUACACAAAUGAGAUUUGAAGUCGGGUUUUUGACCGAUCGUCACGAAACGCGCUGCAACGACUAGUUCUUAUGAUAAAAUUAUUUUAUAAAUUAAAAACCGCCCUUAAGUUUUUGAAUAUUUAUUUUUUUUACGCUCCGUGAACGUCAAGUUUAGAAAACAUUAUCAACAAUUAUCCGUGCUGGUAAUAACAUGAAUUUGACUGAUUGAGAAAUCGUUACGAAUUUAAUAGGUUCAUUUUAAAUUUUAUUUUUAGUGUGAUUAUAUUGAACCUUGAAAAAAAUACUCAUUAAUUAAUUAAUGUGUGACAAGUGCCUUUAAAUUUUUAUACUAAAUGUUUACACCUAUGUGAGGUAAUACAUUUUUUUUGUGCCAUUUGAAAGCAUAUUAAAGCUUCUAUUUGGCUACUAUUUUUAAUCUUACUCCUACAAAUAUUCAGCUAUUUUUACCUUAAACGUAUAACCGUAUAAUAACUACGUUUUUGCUCGUAUUAUGCGUUUACUACUUUUAUUUUUUAUGUGUUGUUAUGUUGUUGUAUUUGUGUGUUAAAUGUUUUUUCUACUUUUAGUGAGUGAUUUGUAAAGGUUCAAUCAUUUUAGUUUACAUUUCAAAUAUGCACCCCGUCCCUUUUACCCGUUCUGAUAGUCAAUAAAAUGUAUAUAAAUCUAGUUUAGAUUAAAAUUAUUAUUAUCUAAGUAAUAUCUGUAUUUAUUAUUAUUUAAAUUAACUUUUGAUAGAUACUAAAUUUAUUAUAUAAAUCAAUAUAUUAUUUAGAUGUAUAUUUAUUUUGUCCUUAAUGUUUUGCUUUAGGCAUUUUAACAUUUGAGAUUCAGUAUUGCUAUUUUUAAAAAAAAAUAUAUAUGCAUAAUAUGUUUUAUUAACCAAAAUAAUUACUGGAAUCAGUAGUCUUAUAUUUGAUAAAUUUAGCUUAUUGUGUAUUUAAAUACUGUUCUUUACAUUUGAAAAUAACCUUUAAGAAUACUAUUGCAUUUAUUUAUUUUUUGUAUUAACAUCUGAUCAUUUAUUUGUUUUUAAAUGCCUUCAACCGAAUAACAUCGUAAUUAUUAAUAUGUUAUACAGUUAUGUAUUUUAAAUACAGUUUGUUAGGGCGGGGGGAUGUAAAUGGGCAAUAGGCUAUUGCUAUGGUAAGACAAUGGAUGUUCCAGAUGGAUGUUUUAUCACUUUUUUUUAUACAACAAACAAUGAAUAAUAAUGAUGAAUAAAAAAAAAGAUCAGAUCUUCAAUUUGUUUUAUUUCAUAAAAUAAUGCACUUACUCAGUUUUCGAUACCUAUAAUACUUUUUUAUCUAUGUUUCUAGAAUUUUGAUCGAGAAUAGAAAAUUAUAUAAGAUAUUAAAUUAAAAACGGACAAAUUGAAUAACUGUGAACAAAAUUUGUUUUUAUUAGUGGUCCAUAAUACUUUAUAUUAUGGCAUAUUGACAUUUUAUUGAUUUUGGCCAGUACCUCUUUAAUGGAUCUUAUAUAUACAUAAUAGAAGGAGUGGUUGAUUGACUAUUAUUCUAUCUAAUGAGAUAUUCUCUAUUUAUACACAAAUGCCAAAAAAAUGAAUAGUUGGAAAUUAAUACUAAUCAUAGUUGACAAAUUAUCCAUAAAUGUAAAUUCAUUAGCAUUUUAUUAUUAUUUUUUUUUUUUUUAUGACUAAUAUUUUUGUAAUCAUAA